AUGGAUCUGACGGUGGUCAAUCAAGGCGGCGCAACAUCCUCCGCCGCAGCCCACAACAACAACGCCGUGCUGAGGGACUACAGAAAAGGCAACUGGAACCUCCAGGAGACGAUGAUCCUUAUCGAGGCCAAGAGAAUGGACGACGAGCGGAGAAUGAGACGGCUGGGCGAAUCCCCCGGCGGCGGCGAGCGGGGCAAGCCGGCGGAGCUGCGGUGGAAGUGGGUGGAGGACUACUGCUGGCGGAAGGGCUGCUUGAGGAGCCAGAAUCAGUGCAAUGACAAGUGGGACAACCUCAUGCGGGACUUCAAGAAGGUCCGCGAGUACGAGCGCCGGGCGGCGGAGUCGCCGGAGGGAGGAACCGCCGACGGAAACCGGCGAUCCUACUGGCGGAUCGAGAAGACCGAGAGGAAGGACAAUAACCUGCCGUCGAACAUGCUUCCCCAGGUCUACGAGGCGCUGGUGGAUGUGGUGGAGAGGAAGGGCCUUCGACCGCCGCCGACGGAGAAAGGUGGUGUCUUUCUUCUUCCGGUGGUGUCCCCUCCGACACAGCAGCAGCAUUCCGUCGGUUACCAUGCUCCGGCGAUUGGGCCGGCGGCGGCGGCAGCGGCUGAGACGCCUUCUUUUCAGCCGCUACCCACAGUAGAUUCCGACACCAGCGACUACUCAGGCUCGCCGGCGAAGAGAAGAAAGAGACCCGGCGGCGGCGCCGCCGCUGCCGGAGAAGGAACGAGCGGCGGCACAAUACAAGAAUUAGGUUCGGCGAUUUCGAAAAGUGCUUCGGUUAUAGCCGGAGCUAUUCAGUCGUGCGAGGAGAGAGAAGAGAGGCGGCACCGGGAGAUGAUGAGCAUUCAUGAGAGGAGGCUAAGGAUAGAAGAAUCGAAGGCUGAGAUUAACCGGCAGGGAAUCAACGGCCUUGUAGACUCCAUUAACAAGCUCGCUAAUUCAAUCUUCGCCUUGGCGGCUCAAAAUAACGCUCAGCCGCCUCCAAAAUAA